AAUUCUCGGGCUGGCUACGCCACUGUGUAUCAUGUAGUAGAGGAGUGGAAGGCAAGUUGUUAGAGUUGGUUGUAGUUUUUAUUUCACAUUUUGCAUGAAAUAUGUUAUGCAAUGUCUAUGGAUUUUUUAUUAUCUGCGCGCAUUAAUGCAAAACAAAUGCGGAGAAAACAAAGAAAAAUUCCGCUCCCCGCGGAGAAUUCCGCCUAGCGGAAAACAGGCUUAAACUUACUGCCGCAACUGCAAUCAUUUCUAUGGAUCUGUCUACUAAAGCAAAAAGAGGUCAACAAAUGUUCGAGUUAAAUUUCCCGAGUUGAUCCAUUUUCAAAAGCCCCGAGCGGGCUAAAAACACGAUCUUUUUUGUGUUACUCGACUAUUUGCUAUCAUAGCGCUAAUUUCAUAAGCAAAAAUAGCAACAUAACGAUGCGUUUUUUAAAAAAAUAUAACCACCUUGCUCUCUGUUAGCGAAUCCAUACUCCAUGCGGCACCUUGUGAAACGGUGUCAGUGAAGGGGAAUUGAGAACCUCUUUCCUAAACAUAGCGAUUAAAGGCCCGGAUAAAAUCGUCAGGCUGGGGACUCUAACAAUAGAAUUCCUAACUAAUGUAAUCUAAUGUAUAAUCUCUAAAUUUCAAUGGCCAGCAUAAUUAUGCCAUUGCAUUGACGUUGAAUGCCUUUAGAAGAUAAUGAAUUGUUAUUCAUAUUUAAAUUUUGGUAUUUGGCAUACCAGUUGAUAUUCCUAUGUUUACAACUAUUUUAAUAUGCAUACAUCUGAACUGAAGAAAGCCUUGCGUGACAUAAGGAUAUUUCAGAUUCCUAGCGUUGCAUAAAAUAGUGUGAGGUCCCCGUUUGGGUUGCAAGUUCUGCACGGAAGUAUUUGCAUCUGAAUCACUACAUUGAAAUAAAAAAAUGUUGCGCAGUUGUUUUCAACGUAAAGUGCUUUUAGCUUCGAGAUAUCUUCAAAUUCUUCGUGCCCAUAGUUAUGCGAAACAGCUUGAAAGCAAAAUAACGGAUUUACCAAACAACGUCUACAAGCAACGUGUUAUAAGCAGGCGUCCUCUUGACGGCCUCGAGUCCCUUUUUCACGAAUGCCAUAAAGCCGGGAUUGGUUUCUCGUAUCUCUUUUUAACUGAGGUAAGAUCGAAAGUUCCAAUUGAAGAAGAAUCUUUGCGUGAAGCCCUAACCAUGGUAUCCUACCAGCAACCUUUGCUACGAGCAACAAUAACUGAAACCGCAGGCGUGAAAUAUUUCGAAAGCGAGGAAGGACGCGUUAGUUUUGGCUUCUCGACCCUGGAUAAAGACAUCAACGACACGGAAGCAAUCACAGAGGAAAUAUUCGCGAAUACGAAGUUCGACCGUGAUGAUGGACCACUCUGGAAAGCCAUGUUGAUUCCCGCAAAUUUUCAUCCAAGUUCCGAAACGUACACGGGAGGAGUGGCAUUAGCGAUAUCGCACGCUAUUGCUAAUGGGCGAAGUCUUGUCGCGGUUUUAAGGCAAACUCUUGGCUAUCUUGAAAACAUCGCUAAAGGAACCGCACCGAAUGUAGAAGAUAUCCCGAGUUUACCACUGUACCCGAGCUCUGCGUCGCUUCUAUCACACAAACUUAAGAAUCUCUCUACACCAAGCCGGAUUAUAUCUUCGCGGGACUACAUUAACCCAGUACUAAACCAGUUUCCUACGAUUGAAGAUGAUCCACUGAAAUCAGAACCAAGAACGAAAGUCCUUAUCCGUACCAUACCAGCCGACGAGCUAGUCUCCCUCCUUCAACAAUGUGGAAACAACAACUGCAGUAUAACCGGGGCCAUCCUAGCUGCCUGUCAUUAUUCGUUUAGCGGUCUUCUCAAGACCACUGAAUUCUCCACUAAUGCAACAAAUGAUAUCACAUGUCUCACGUCCGUUGGCGAAAAUCAUCAGCCUACGCUCCCAAACGACUAUGUUGCAAGCCACUAUGGUGCACUGACCUACGACAUCGAGCUGCCCACGUCAAAUACAGACUUCUGGAAACUCGCUCGCUCGUUAACGCAAGAUAUCCGCCACGAUAUUGGCCGCGAUAAGCACUUGAAAUUUCUAUCGAAAGUCGAAACCGACAGCCAAAUGUUUAUAAAAAACGUUCUACAUGAAGGCAGUCUUAAACUAGCGUCUCGAAAGAAGUCGUCUCUUACCCUAUCGAAUGUUGGGUCUGUCUUGACGAAAAACAGCCCUGCAUGA